AUGACUGCUGAUGUAAAUGUCAGCACUGUCGUCAACGCCAAUAAUGCAUUUAUUUCUUUUCUGGACCACUUGCCGUGUGAUAUAGUGCGAUCAUUGUGGAUCACGCAAUCUUUGAGCUUGAAGAACGAGGAAAUACGAAGUAAACUGGACUCACUUUUAAGGGAUCAAAGACCAGGCAAGAUCACAAAAGUAGAGACAUUGCGAGAAAUCGCGCACUUGAGAGGUCUACUUAUACGCAACUCCAGGGAACUUGUUGCUGAGGCCGAACAGCUGUCACAGAUCUUGGCCCACCAUCAGAAGUUAUCCUCCAACGAACUCCACCUCAUGGACAUUCUCAAGGAUUCGAGAAACCAACAAAACACGCGAACCUGGGAAGACUUUACUCACUUCAAACGCAAUUUCGUCUCUACCGUUCACGAUGAUUCUGAUGCUGACGAUGAGGAUCCUCUGGCCCAGAAGCAAGAAAUAGUCCUAAGCGCUGGAGAUAGUAGGGUCAGGAAGACAAUAAAAGAGAGAAAGGAAAGGAAUGAGAAGAUCGCGAAUAAUGAGAAGCCCACUCGCAUUUCUAUCAAGCUGGGAUCAGAGUCGCCAGUUGCACCAACCCCAUUGCCAGCCCCCGAAACACCGCCUCACGAGCAAUAUUGCAUAUGCCGUGGCCCGAGUAUGGGUAAAAUGAUUGCAUGCGACAACUCGUCGUGCCCGAUAGAGUGGUUUCACUACAAAUGUGUUGGAUUAUACGCAGAUCCUGGUGAUAAACGUUGGUUUUGCAGUCCUGACUGCGAACAGAAAUUUAAGAAUCGCAUCGCAAGAAAGAGACGCAGACGCAAAGGCUACUAA